AUGUCCAUUUUGAAACUCAUAGGAUUUAUUUUAUUAAUCAUAAUUUCCUACAUCGCCUUCGUGGUGGUUGUUCCUCCUUUAAAAUUUCCUAGAAAUAUACCUACCAUUCCGUUCUACGUGGUGUUUUUACCCGUCAUAUUUCCGAUGGAUCAAACAGAGCUGUAUGAUCUUUAUAUCAGGGAAGCAAUGGAAAAGUAUGGGGCCGUUAAAAUAUUUUUUGGUUCACGCUGGAAUAUUCUCGUUUCUCGUUCCGAGUAUUUAGCACAAAUAUUUAAGGAUGAAGACAUUUUUGCUAAAAGUGGUAACCAAAAAAAGAUUCCAUACAGCGCUCUCGCUGCCUAUACGGGCGACAACGUCAUUAGUGCACACGGAAAAGUUUGGAAGGACUAUAGAAAUGCAGUAACUAAUGGGCUGCAGCAUUUCGAUGAUGCACCCUUCUCCAAAAAUGCGAAGAUUUUCUGCAAUUUAAUCAAGAAGAGGGCUCAAAAUGGAGAAUCUUCAAUUCAAAUGGGACCUUUAUCCCAAAGGUUGGCAUUGGAUAAUAUUUCUCAAGUGGCUCUUGGAUUUGAUUUUGCUACUUUAACAAAUGAUAAAAAUGCUUUACAUGAGCAUUUAGUUCAUAUCAAGAAGCAAAUAUUUCAUCCAUUCUUCUUAGCUUUCCCAUUCCUUGAUAUGCUUCCCAUUCCUUCGAGAAGAAAGGCAUUCAGGGACGUUGCUAGCUUCAGAGAGCUCCUUGUUAAAAGAGUCCAAGAACAAUUGAUCAAUAACUACAAAUUUGAACAAACAACUUUUGCCGCCAGUGAUUUGAUUCGUGCUCAUAAUAAUGAAAUUAUUGACUACAAACAAUUAUCCGAUAACAUCGUCAUUAUCCUCGUUGCUGGCCAUGAAAACCCCCAACUGCUCUUCAACACUUCGUUGUAUCUUUUGGCUAAGUAUUCAAACGAAUGGCAGAACAGUCUCAGGCAAGAAGUAGAAAGUGUCACUGAUUCGAAAGCCUUAGCGGACUUACCUUUAUUGAAUGCAUUUCUUUUUGAGGCAGUCAGGCUAUAUCCUCCUUUGAGCACGAUUAUUAAUAGAUGCACUUCAAAAGUAUGUGUGCUAGGAGCCGACAUUGUGAUACCUAAGGAUGUAUACGUUGGAUAUAACAAUUUUGGAACAUCACAUGAUCCCAAAAAUUGGGGUCCAACAGCAAAUGAUUUCAAACCAGAUCGGUGGGGCUCAGAUAUCGAAACUAUAAGAAAAAACUGGAGACUUGCCAAGAAUAGGUGCACUGUGACCGGAUUUCACGGUGGUCGAAGGGCAUGUUUGGGAGAAAAACUAGCACUAACAGAAAUGAGAAUCACUCUAGCUGAAAUGUUAAGACAGCUAGAAUGGACUCUUGAUCCUGAAUGGGAAGAAAAACUAACUCCUGCAGGACCGCUGUGUCCUUUCAAUUUAAAGUUAAAAUUUAAAGAGAGAGCACCAAACUAA